AUGGCACGUCCACGGCGGGCGUCAAGCAACCUCGGGGGGGAUCCCAGGGGAGACACCAGCGCACCCGCAUUCGCUACUAUGACGGCGCGACCAGCUGGGCAGAUUUCUGCGGACGAGAAGGACGGGAAGCCUCGCUCAAAGAGACGGAAAGCAAGGUCGGCCUUUCGAAAAUGGAAACAGAUAUCCUUGCGGCACACCUGGAUCAAUCCACUCAUCCUCACGAUUGCGAUCCUCAUUGCCUACUACAUCAGCCCCGGAGAGCAAAACCCUCUACACAAGGCGAUUUUCUUGUCGUAUAAUGUUGGGCCAGAUUAUCCCGGCGGACCAGACAUGUACGGCAAGGGAAAAGCAGACAUUGCUUUCGUGGCCUUUUACACGAUCGUCCUGAGCUUCACCAGAGAAUUUGCCAUGCAAAGAAUUAUUCGACCCGUUGCCAUCAGGUGCGGCAUCACAAAGAGAGCGAAGCAGGCACGGUUUAUGGAACAAGUCUACACGGCCAUGUACUUUGGCAUUUUCGGUCCUUUUGGACUCUAUGUCAUGUCGAGGGGUUCGUUGUGGUACUUCAAUACCACGGCAAUGUUCGAAGGAUUCCCACAUCGAAAGCACGAGGGUGUGUUUAAGGCAUACUACUUGUUGCAAGCGGCCUACUGGGCUCAGCAAGCUAUCGUCCUCAUGCUGCAACUGGAGAAGCCCCGAAAAGACUUCAAAGAGUUGGUCUUUCACCAUAUUGUCACCCUGGCUCUCAUUGGACUGAGCUACCGCUUUCAUUUUGCUAAGAUGGGCAUUGCCGUCUACAUCACCCAUGAUAUCAGUGAUUUCUUCCUGGCGACCUCCAAAACAUUCAAUUAUCUGGACUCGAUCAUCGUAGGGCCAUACUACUUUCUCUUCGUGUGUGUUUGGAUCUAUCUCCGCCACUACAUCAACCUCAUCAUUUUGUGGGCGACCCUGACCGAAUUCCGCACCGUGGGACCUUUCGAGCUGAACUGGGAAACUCAGCAAUACAAGUGUUGGAUUAGCCAGAUCAUUACAUUUUCGCUCCUCGCCUGCCUCCAAGCCGUCAACCUGUUCUGGCUGUUCUUGAUCCUCCGCAUCGCCAAAAACUACGUCUUCUCCAACAUCAGGGCCGAUGAACGAAGUGACGAUGAAGAGGAGGACGAACAGACCGAAGAGGCGCCCAGCGGAGGACAGAAGGUUUUAGAAAACGGCAAAGUUGGUGGAGAGAAACCAGUUGUGCUUGUCAACGGGGAGCCUGUCGAGGGUGUGGCCAAAUCAAAUGGAGUGCGGGAACGGAAGAGGAAGAGCUGA